CUCCUUUCAUUUUAUAGUAAGAGUGAAAUGAACCAUGAGAACUUAUCGACACAAACAUUGAUCUGAACAAUGCUGUCUCACAUGAUGAGCUCAGAGUGUGCAUCUUUCCAGGUGUGUGGGGUGAUGCUGCUGGGCCUGUGGUGCUCCUCUGUGCUGGCAACUGGAGGUUGGUACCCCAAAACCCUACCCUGUGACGUCACCCUGGCCAGCAACGACACCGUGGUCAAUGUAGAUUGCACUGAGAGAGGACUCCUGGAGGUCCCAAAGGACAUCCCCAGAAACACCACCAACCUGACCCUCACCAUCAACCACAUCCCUCACAUUAACUCAACGUCCUUCCAGGGCCUGGAGAACCUCACCGAGAUCGACAUGCGCUGUAACUGCGUGCCCAUCAAGAUCGGCCCCAAGGACCGCAUGUGCACAGAGAGUGUGACUAUCAAGCAGAACACCUUUAAAGACCUGAGGAAUCUGAAGGCUCUGUAUCUGGAUGGGAAUCAGCUCUCCAGCAUCCCAAAGGGUCUCCCUCCAAACCUCAUUCUGCUCAGUUUAGAGGUGAAUCAAAUAUAUACCAUUCUGAAAAGGAACCUCUCUGACAUCACUAACGUACAGAUUCUUUACCUGGGACAAAAUUGUUACUAUCGUAACCCAUGUAAUGUUUCCUAUCAAAUUGAGGAAGGCGCAUUUCUACAGCUUGGUAACAUGACUGUCCUAUCCCUCAAGUCAAAUAACCUAUCCUACAUUCCCCCAAGAUUACCAACAAGUCUCAGAGAGUUGUAUCUCUAUAAUAACAAGAUUGAAAUGGUUACUGACAAAGAUUUUCAUAACUUAACCCAAUUGGAGAUACUUGACCUAAGCGGAAACUGCCCACGAUGUUAUAAUGCGCCAUUUCCUUGUAUUCCAUGCCCUAACAAUUCACUUCAGAUAGACGCAAGUGCCUUUAAAGCAUUGCCCAAACUGAGGAUACUACGCCUGCAUAGUAACUCCCUCACGUAUGUCCUUACAGAGUGGUUUCAGAACUGUACAGAUCUGCGAGUACUUGAUCUCUCAACCAACUUUUUAGCUCGAGAGAUAACAAUGACUUACUUCCCACGAGCUCUACCCAACCUGGAAGAAUUGGACCUGUCUUUUAACUAUGAGCUGCAGAGGUAUCCAGCUACACUGCGCCUUAGUCCCUCAUUCUCCUUCCUGAAAUCCCUGAAAGUACUCCGCAUCAGGGCCUUCGUCUUCCAGCAGCUCACCUUCAAAGACAUCAGCCCACUGAUUCCUCUAAAGAACCUGGAGGUCAUUGACCUGGGCACCAACUUCAUCAAAAUAACCAACCUCAGCAUUCUGAUGGAACUGAAAAACUUCAAAAUAAUAAAUUUAUCUGACAACAAAAUAUCGUCCCCUUCUGAAAGUGGUCAGUCUGUUGCCUUUUCGGGAGGAGAAGCCCUGCAUGGCUCACCGAUGUCAGAUGCUGGGCAUAACCGCAAUGGAGAAGUGAGAGAGAUUCAUUAUUUUAGAUACGAUGAGUAUGCUCGCAGCUGCAAAUACAAGGACAAGGAGGAUGGGAUGCUGAAUUCAUUCGUCAAUACCCAGUGCAGCCAGUUUGGGAAAACCCUGGAUAUCAGCAGGAAUAAUAUAUUUUUCCUUCACUCCAGAUUCUUGAACCUUGCUGAUCUUAGAUGCCUAAAUCUCUCUGGAAAUGCCAUGAGCCAAAGUCUAAAUGGUUCUGAGUUCACUUACCUCACUAACUUAAAGUAUCUUGACUUCUCAUACAAUCGUCUGGACCUUCUCUAUUCCUCAGCGUUUCGGGAACUGAAAAGUUUAGUUAUCUUAGAUAUAAGCAACAACAACCAUUACUUUGAAUCCGAGGGUUUGACCCACAUGCUUAAUUUCACCAAAAAUUUGACCAAUCUGAAGAUAUUACUCAUGAACUAUAAUAAGAUUUCCACCUCCACCAACACAGAGCUGGAGAGUUUCUCUCUGGAGAAGUUAGAGUUCAAAGGUAACCGUUUAGAUAUGCUAUGGAGAGAUGGCGAUACAAGAUACAUCAACUACUUCAAAAAACUGCUCAAUCUGAGGGUCCUAGACAUCUCUCACAACAACCUCAACUUCAUCCCUCAGCAAGUCUUCCAAGGCCUGCCAGACAAACUCACUCAUCUCCACAUCAACAACAACAGACUAAAGAUAUUUAGUUGGGAGAAGCUGACGAUUCUUCAGUCCUUAGAGGUUCUAGAUCUCAGCAGUAAUAGCCUAUCAACAGUUCCCCCAGAGCUCUCCAACUGCACCGAAUCUCUCAAGACUCUCCUCUUACACAGAAACCAAAUAUCCAAACUCUCUCCGUAUUUCCUCAAGGACGCCUUUAGUUUGAAGCAUCUGGAUCUCAGCUUCAAUCACAUUCAAAACAUCGAGCAGACCAGCAUCCCUGAUGACGUUGUCGAUCACAUGGACACGUUAGUCCUGAACAACAACAAGUUCAUGUGCAACUGUAACGCCCUCAUGUUUGUGAUGUGGCUGAACCGCACCAUGGUGAACAUCCCCAGACUGGCCACCGAUGUGACCUGUGCUGCUCCAGGAGCCCAGAGGGGUCAUCCGGUCAUAUCCCUGGACCUAGAACUGCAGGCCUGCCAGCAUAACUACAUGUCCAUCAUCCUCUACAUCCUUCUCACAUCCCUGGUGCUCAGCUUCGUCACCCUCUCCAUCUCCAGCCACCUCUUCCUCUGGGACGUCUGGUACAUCUACCACUUCCUCCUGGCCAAGUUCAAAGGCUACAGACGCCUGUCCUCGCCGAGCGCUCCCUACGACGCCUUCGUAGUGUACGACAAGAAGGACCCGGAGGUGUCUGAGUGGGUGCUGAAGGAGCUGCUUGUUCAGCUGGAGGACCGCGGGGACCAUCCUUUACAGCUUUGUCUGGAGGAACGAGACUGGAUCCCUGGCUGCCCCCUGAUCGACAACCUCUCCCAGAGCAUCCACCAGAGCAAGAGGACCGUGUUCAUACUGACCAACAAGUACAUCAAGAGCGGGGACUUCAAGACUGCGUUCUACAUGGCCCAUCAGAGGCUUAUGGAUGAGAGAGAUGAUGUGAUUGUCUUGAUUUUCCUGGAAAAGGUCCCCAGUCACUCAAAGUACCUGAGACUCAGGAAGAGGUUGUAUAGGCGGUCAGUGAUGGAGUGGCCAACAAAUCCUCAAGCACAGCAAUACUUUUGGUUUAGCCUAAGGAGUGUACUGGCAACAGACAGUCAAAAACAAUACAGUAAUCUCUUCAAGGAGACUCUUUGAAAAAGGCCUUAACACAAUGAUUUCGCCAUGUGCAUAGCAUUUCCCUUUUUUUUUGUGAUUGUGUAAUCAAGGGAAGCAAACCAUGGGAGAACUUCCUCAAUUAAUCUAUGAAGUUCCUGUUUCAUUUAGCUCUUAUGGUGGGAUGAGAAUCUGUGGCUAUGUUGCCAGCCAGUCAGAGGCACUUGUUCUUUCUGGGGGAUUUUUUACUUAGAAAACUAUACUGUGAUUAAAUUGAACUGGCAACAGAUAGUCAAAAACAAUACAAUAAUCUCUUCAAGAAGACUCUUUGAAAAGGGCAAACACAAUAAUUUUGCACUUAGAAUACACCUUACCCACUGGGCACACACUGGUUGAAUCAACAUUGUUUUCACGUAAUUUCAAUGAAUAGUCUGUGCCCAGUGGGUAGUGUAGACCUUUUUAUGUGGUGACAAUUAUCUUAAAGACAGUUUUAAGGUUCAAAGUAAAUGUAAUGUAUCUCAUGAGAAUGUAUAGAUAUGAACUUCCAUCUCUAAUACUGACUGAUAAUUUUUUUGCUGUACU